AAUGGACGCCGACCAAGCCAGGGCCAGAGCCGAGGCCGGUCAGCAGCAAGAGCAAGGGGGCGGAGGCGGGGGUGUGCUUUCGGGUCUUACUGGCAUGGCCAGCCGGGCAGCUAGUAGCAUAACCGGCGGAGGACGCAGUACAACUACUGCGGGUAACACCGGUCCGACGAACGCGGCACCGAACCAAAUGAACAACGCGAUGACCAUGAUGGGCAAGAUGAACGCGAAAAGCCAGAGGAUCGCAGAGGCGCGGACGAAAUUGUUUAAGAAAGAUUUGCUGGAAAAGAUCAUCCCGGAGGCGAUCGAGCAGACAAUGCGGGACCGGGUCGAAACCGCGUUGAACCGCUUCACUGCCCAGUUCGUCACGCUGCACACCCGCCACGAGAACGACGAGCUCCGCACAAAGAUCUGCGAACGAGUGUUCCCCCAUCCGGACCUGAUCAGAAACGAUCCCAAUGCCCAAGACCGGCAAAAUGAGGACGAAUGGUUUCGGAUGAGCGACGCGAAGUUCCUGGCCGCGGACGUUUUAGUGAAGCGGAACGACAGAUCGCUGCGGAAACUCGCGUCCGGGGAGCAGCGGCACCCGGUUUUGAUGGAGCGGAAGCGGAUCAUUGACUUUGUCGAGUACUUGGACGGGGCGCGGAAAGGCCCAAGCGCUGACGACUGGACGAAUUUCAAAGCUAUGCUCCACACCCCGGCCGUGGUCGUUUUGGAACAGCUCACCACUGCGGAUGAGUUCAUCGCGCGGGACGCGCACCCCAAAUUUCUCGCCCAUUUGAUCACGAAGUUGAUCACUUACGCUGACGAGAACAGCGACCCCAUGGCGUUGGACAAAAAGGAGCAGAGGAAGAUCGAGA